GGACCUGAACUCUAUCUCUAAUUAUUUAAGAUCCAACCUUUGUUGACUCUCUUUCUUAAUAAUAAUAAUAGUCUAGAUCGUUAAACCUAAAAGGAGAAGUAGCAUCUACAAAUUGAGAAAUCCGUCUCUUGCUUAACACAUCUUGAAAUUGAAUUCUGAUUUUUCGGAUCCUGAUUCGGGUUUGGAUGUACAAAUGGCAAUCAUGAGCGACAAGGGAGAGAAGACAUGCCCAUUGUGUGCUGAGGAGAUGGAUUUGACGGAUCAGCAAUUGAAGCCAUGCAAAUGUGGUUAUGAGAUCUGUGUUUGGUGCUGGAACCACAUUAUGGAAAUGGCUGACAAGGAUAAUUCUGAUGGUCGCUGCCCAGCUUGUCGUAUACCAUACGACAAGGAAAAGAUAGUGGGGAUGGCAUCAAACUGUGAAAGGCUAGUGGCUGAAAUGAAUUCAGAGCGAAAACUGAAGUCCCAUAAAGGGAAGCCAAAAACAUCUGAAGGGAGGAUGCAUCUAAGCAAUGUUAGAGUCAUUCAACGGAAUCUAGUGUAUAUAAUUGGAUUACCUCUCAAUAUUGCAGAUGAAUCCCUUCUUCAGCGAAGAGAGUAUUUUGGCCAAUAUGGAAAGGUUCUGAAGGUGUCUAUUUCUCGAACUGCAACAGGGGCGAUUCAACAUUCUGCAAACAACAGCUGUUGUGUGUAUAUAACAUAUGCAAAAGAGGACGAAGCAGUUCGUUGUAUUCAAUCAGUGCACAGUUUUGUCUUAGAAGGUAGAUCCUUGAGGGCAUGUUUUGGAACGACAAAAUAUUGCCAUGCAUGGCUGAAAAAUAUGCCUUGCAGCAUUCCGGACUGUUUAUAUUUGCAUGAUUUUGGCUCUGAGGAAGAUAGUUUUACAAAAGAUGAUUUAGUUUCAGCCUUUACAAGGAGUAGAGUACAACAAAUUAUUGGUGCUACAAAUAAUUUGCAUCGGCGUUCAGGAAAUGUUUUGCCACCCCCAGCAGAUGAGUGCACUGAUAGGAACAUAUCAUUGACAGCCAAACAUGAUUCCAAAACUUCUACCCAGAAUAAAAUGAACUGGGAUAGCAGUUCAUGUGUGGAAAGUGGUGCUGGAAGAUCCAAUACACUACAUGGGGCAGCUUCAUGGGUGACACGUGUCGCUGGCAGUUUGCCACCAGUUACAAGUUUUUCAUCGUCAGGUGGAACUCCCAAUCAUAAACCUGGAACAUCACAUGGUCCCUGUGCUCUUGCAUCAGAAGUUGUGAGCACCAAAAGUUCUGGUGACAUAAAAAGAACCAUACUUGAAGGAAGCUGUGAAGUGAAUCCUGUCAAUUUAACAUUAAUUGACCAUUUACCUUGUUCUCCAGCAUCUCAGGACAGUGCUGGAGAUGCUGCAUUGCCAUCAGCUGGAACAAGCCCUUCAAAACUCACCAAACCAUCAUGUAUUACCAGUCUGGAUGGGGAUCUUCAGGGACUGUGUUCUGGGUUAUCGUCAAUUUGUACUGAUGGUAACCUUAAGGAUGAGUACCGUGAACCUGUUACUUCAGAAAUUUUUAUUUCUAUUCACAAACCGCCCAAAAGUCAAGUCUCACAACAAUUUGUUAGUGAGCCACUUAGCGAGUCUUCAUUCUCGCCAACACUGAAAGAAUGUGCUAUUGUUGAGGAUUUACUCUGUUUUGAUGAUCAGGAAGUCCAGGACUUUGGAAGCAUCCAUAAUCAACCACCCAUAUCAUCCUCACCUUCUUCAAAGCAGCAUUUGGAACAGUCCUGGCAGCAAGGCAAGAUUCAUCAAUGCACUGUUGAUGUACAUCCAAAGAUUCUUCCCCCUAAGCAUGACGAGGUUGCUUUUCCAUUCAGAUCAGGCAACACAGUUUUGUCAAACGGAUUGCAUGGCAGACAAGCUAAUGGCCUUACCGAGUGGGAUAGAUCUUCUAACCAUUCUAGUGUCUUGUUAGAGAUAGGACCAGGGAAGUGCUUGGAAGAACAUGGUAAUAUGGCCAGUGGUGACUGUAAACUUGAUCAAGAUACAGAUGAGAGCAGCAUUAUCUCAAAUAUUUUAUCCAUGGAUUCUGGUGUGUGGGAAGAUUCAUUGACAUCACCUCAGAAUUUAGUUAAGUUCCUGGCUGAUAAUGAUACACAACAAAGUUCCCUCAAAAGACCAUGCAUGCGAAAACCACAGGAGAGUAGUCAAUCAAGGUUCUCAUUUGCCAGGCAGGAUGGUUUCUCCAAUCAUUUGUCUAAUUUUGAACAUUCUUUUGAAAAUGCAACAAAUAAGUCUCCCGUCUCAAAUCAUAUUAUUGAAAACAAGGAACCUUGGAUGGACCAUUACCGUAGUAUCUCUUCAAAUAUUACUUCUGUGGAAUCAAAUGGUUUUCUCAGCAAGCAUCCUUUUACAUCUUCUAGCUUUUCUGUUUCCAAAACUUCCACUUCUCCCCCUCCAGGAUUCUCGGUGCCAAGCAGAGCUGUGCCUCCAGGCUUUCUUACUCAUGGGGCAGUACACUAUGAUUUUGACCAUUCUGCAAAUCAUUUUCUACAAAACUCUGCUCCACUAUCUAGGAAUAUUGGCAUCUCCGGGGAUGUUGAAUUUAUUGAUCCUGCAAUAAUGGAAGGUGGGAAAGGAUUUCUGUCAGCAAGGCUGAGUAAUCCAGGCUUUGAUGCAAAACCAGCUUGCCCCCCCCAGUUUAGUCCUUUUGAUCAUGAUUCAGAGCUUCAAAUGCUGAUGCGGCAAUCAAUUUCUGCUCAGCAGAACCCCAGGUUGUCAGAUCAGUUAAGGAAUAGAUUCUCUCCACCAGAUGAUGCUUACACCAUUUCACCUAUGUUUCUUGGUCAAUCUCCACCCAACAAAUUAUCAUCAUUUACACAAUUGACAGCUCAACAGCUUAGGAAUAUGCACAUGUCAAAUGGCAGUUUGGGUGGUGGUUGGAAUGAGGUAAAAAACGUCAGUGAUCCUUGUUUGCCAGAAUUCCUGGGAAAUGGAGGGUUGGGAUUUAGCAAAUUUGUUCCUAGCUAUGAGGAUUUGAAGUAUCAAAUGUCUGGUUCCAGCAAUCUAUACAACAGAGGAUUUGCAAUGUGAUAUCUGUGGAAUUGGAAUUGCUCCUUAAUACUUGAAUGGGCUGAUGAGCAUAACAGAGUGAUUGAUUUGGUGGCUUCUAAGGUGCCCUCAGAUGAAUAUACUAUGGUUUGGAUUUAUAGUCUCGUUGCAUAUUGGUGGUUGGCAACCCUAAUCCGGUGCAUUCUUUGCCCCCCCUCAUUAACAGGAACUUUUGUCUUCUAUCAGAGCGAUUGAAAAGGCAGUUUAUCAUCAUGGAAGAAUUCAAUGUGUGCUCCAAGAGAUUACUGUGCUGUUAGUGGUUUACUUAUAGGACUGAGAUAGCUCUUGGCUUCACUCUGCGUGGUACAUUUGAGCUGCAUGGUGGUUCCAUUUAAUGCAGAUGCAUGUUCAUUCCAUGCAUUAUUGACGUCAAUCUUUUCUACAUGAAGAGAAGGUUAGCUGGGAAAGGAACACUGUUUUUAGCCACGCACAUUUUGGCAGCUUUGUAGACAAGGAGUGAGAAUCUGCCAUGCUCACCCAUUGCAUGAAGAGUGAAGGUAUUUGGUAGUUGCGCCUCGUUAAGUUAUGCUCACGAUCCUAACUGAUAGGCCCACAGCUAGAGUUCAAAUGGAAAACCAAGGCUUCCUAUAGAUAAGAGAAAAACGAAGGUCGUCCUCUCCUCCUUUCUUUCCUCCUGCCUUUGUAUUAAGAUGCUGUCAUUUAUGAAUGAAAACAAAGCUUAAACAA